AUGAGUGGUGCCAGUAGUUCCAAUGCCAAUGGAGUGCGUCGCAAGACGGCUGGAACCAAAGAACAAGAUUUGAUCAAUACUAUGUUCCUGGAAGAAGAAGAGCAAGAGGGCCAAGAAACAUCCACCAUCAAUGUAACAGCAGAGUCAUCUAAUAAUGACAAAGCGGAUGACAAUGACGUUUCCAUUUCCGUGAUUGCCGUGCUAUCCGCCCAACGAUCGUCUUCCUCCUUUUUGGCACGUGAUAUCCUGGCUCAAAUGGACGAGUGUCACGUCAAUCUCAACGAAGUCUUGGCUCCUUCCGCGAUGCAAUCGGGCGACGCCUGGGCGAUCGAAGCCAACCACCUAGGUUUUGCCCACUUGCCCAUUACUCAAGUCGAUCCAGAUCUGCUCGCGCAGUUUGUCCUGCAAGUCGGUCGUCGCAAAUGUCGAGAAACACUACUGCUGUUCCACAGCAACAACACUACUACUACGACCCAUAACAAUUGCCACAAUCAUUGUUGGAUCGUCUACAAACACUUUGACACACAUCUCGCCCUCUGGCAGCACUCGCUCUUUUUAAAGUCCAUGAUUCAGCAAUUACAACGUGAUGUAGAAUCAUCACUUCCAAUCACUCGAGUUCACGACACUCGCUUUGUCAUGGCCAUUUUGGAACGACAUGCCGAAGAGCGAUGGCGGUCCAAAUGGUAUGCCCGACACCACAAGGAUUGGGAUACCCACGGUACCCCUCAACAUCGACAACAGGUAGAUUUGGCUCAAGACGUGCCACCCAUGGCCGAGGAAUUUGCCUUUGCACACGACCAAUGGUAUCAACUGAUUCGGGGAUUUGCGGCUGCUGCUGCUCAUGAUCGUGUGCGGGUCCUCGAAUUGACCUACGAGAAUAUUACGCAGGCGCCCAUUCCCGUCACCCAAGCGUUGGUUCGACAAGCAGCGGGUGGAGCAGUCAUGAUCAAUUAA